GUGGACUAUAGAUUUUAAAACUGAUAACCUUAUCGUGGGUGUGUAGAAUAUUCAGAAUGAUCGUCUACAGAUUAAUGCAGUGUACUAAUAUUACCACUAAAGAAACAGAUUGUUUUGUAGUUAACUGUUCCAACCAACGACCCACUUCAUAAAGAUUACAUAACUUUUUCCUGUUAAAAACAACGGUUGACUUUUUGACGAAACGCUUCGAUCGUUCCAGAAAAACUUUUGCCGAUUAUUAUUUAACAAUGUUUGGUCCCAUAAAGCAUUUGUUUCAAGACACUUAUAACGCAGACGAUGACGUAAACCUGCUCCUGUUGGGCGAAACAGGAGUCGGGAAGUCAACUCUGGUAAACUCCAUUUCGAACUACUUCAAAUAUGCUAGUUUCAAAGAAGCACAAAAAAGGAUCAUCGACAUUUUAAUCCCUAUGUAUUCAACGGAAAGUAGAAAAGUUUACGGCAUAGCAGACGAGAACGAAGACUACGAUGAAGGCAAAUGCACCACUCAGUUUGUCAAAGAAUAUAUGUUCCCGAUUAAAAUGAACAACAGGACCUUCAACCUGAGACUAAUCGACACACCGGGAGUGGGAGAUCCCAGAGGAAUGGAACAAGACGAAAUCAAUCUGGACAACGUCCUUGCGUACUUGACCACGCUGAAGAAACUCCACGGAAUUUGUUUCGUUUUGAAGUCGAAUCAGACAGGGUUCACCAAGUUCGCGGAGUACUGUCUUAAGCAGAUAUUGACGCGCCUGGAUAAGAGUGCCAGUCAGAACAUCAUUUUCAUUACGACUUACAGUAAAACGGAGAGUUAUACAGCUGGGGAGACGAAGAGUCACUGUUUGGCGCCACUGGUUAAAGACAUCAUGUCGACACCCCCACAUGCUAAUAUUCCUUUGAGCGACGACAACGUCUUCUGUUUGGACAACGAAGCAUUCAAAGCCUUGUUGGCCAGUCAAGAUGGAAAACGAUACACCAAACGCGAAGUCAAAGGUUUCGAGACGAGCUGGCAGGUGUCGUCGAACGAAAUUCAGCGAUUAUUGAGGUACGUUAUUGGAGACGCGUCUAGUCCAGGUUUGAAACCCCACGACGUCGAAAACACAAUCAGUAUCAACGAAGUCCGGUUGCACAUUGAACAACUCACGACUCCCAUUGCGGAAGUGUUGGAACUCAUCCAAGACAACAUCAGAGUACUUGACGCUCAUCAAAAAAAAUUGCAACAAGAUGACCAAACUGUCGAAGAACUCAAACAGCAAUUGCACAUACCUUGCGUUAAUCUUGAAGUGAAGGAACUAACUCAACCGGUAACGGUUUGCACGGACCCUAAAUGUGCAGAAAUCGUGAAGGUCAACAACGUGACCCAGUGGCACUACAAGCAACGAUGCCACAACCCCUGUCACUUGACCGGGGUUCCUAAAGAAAUCAUCGGCGAUCCCAAUCUGAUGCAUUGUGCCGCCAUGGCAAACAGACCCAAUUGUCAAGAGUGUGAAUGCCCCUGGCAAGUCCACAUGCACAUCUACAAAGAAACCACCAAAGUUUCAGUUCGCAAAGUAGACCAGAACGUGUUAGGCGUCAUCAGAAGCAAACAAGACGCUCGAAUCCAUAUGCAUAAACUAAUCGAAGAUUUAAACACGCGGAGGCGAGAACUGGAAAAAGAGGGCGAAACCAUUUCGAGGAUCGUCGCCAAGUUUUCGUGGUUCUUGCAGGAACACGCGCAGACGCCCUUCAAUGACGCCUACGGUGAAUACAUUGAUCAACUUAUCAAAAAUGAAAAGUACCUAGGAAUGUUCGCCAAUCGGGAGGUCAUAGCGAAACUCGAAAACCUCCUCAGCCAACACUAUAAUUUACAAGCAACUUUCCACGAGAGCGCUAAGAAUGCCCAAGGAGAACCUUCCGACGAUCUAUCCCUUAAAGGAAUCCAGAAAAGUAUCGCGCAACUCUACAAAUUGAAACACAUGGGGAAAACCAUACAAGAACUGAUACAAAAAUCCAACGCUUGUCGCAACAAAGAAACGCAGAAAAAUUUCGGUUGCGUUACGUUGCGAGAAGUAGUCGACUUGGAUAAGACAAUAGCUGAACAAGAACAAUUUGAAUUUACAGAGAGCGAUGACGACGUACAACUACGCCAGAACAAAGGGUCUGAAGAAGAAAUGUUUGAAAACCAAUGUCACCCAGACGGACCCGGAAACAGUGAUGACAUAAAACACCAGUCUAACCAUUCAAAACUUCACCGCACCUUGCUAGUAAGCGAUGACGAAUCCGACUCUGCUAAACCCACAUCACGCAGAGGUGAAAAACAGGGAAAGGAAAAAAUGAAAAGAAACGACGACAAGGAACACCACUUGACUAUACGAAACCCUACAAGCCGAACCCAAGACGACCAACAGAAAAUGACCCCCACCACCUCUGACAUGCCGAAAGAGAUCGCCAGCAUCUCAGACAAUGUGAAUAAUCAGGAAAACUUGAUGCAAAAUGUAUACGAAACAAUGAAAAAGCAACAAGAGAAUGUCAAGCAGUCUAUGGAGAAGAUUGGAUUACUUUUAGAAAGUAACGAAAUGGAAAACAUCGACAAUUUGAAGUCUUUUUUGUCUAAUGCUGGAUCUAGCGACUCUGAAGAUGGCAGAAAUAAACAUCAUCAAACGGAACACAGCGAACACAGUGAGAGUGAAGCCAUCUCCAAGGAUGUUGAAAGUGCCACCCAGAAAGAAUCACCAGAAAACGAACUUGACUACACAGUACCAUAUAUCUAUAGAACUAACAACUCAGAAGACGACAAAUCUUCAAAACCGAGAACUGAUGAUGGAAGACUUGAGUAUCCGAGUCCGGAGAGAACUUACACCGAUCCAAGAGAACCACGCAAUUAUGACGCCAGAUAUCACCCCGAAGAAGACAACAGACUUGCUGAAGCAUCUGGAAGUAGAAACUACCUCACCAGAAGCAAUUUUUCUCCUCGAUCAACAAGUCCAGGACGAUACCACUCCACAACCGAGAGAAAAUCACAUAAAAGUGACCAUAGAAGGCACUAUUCACCUAGACGUCACCGUCGUCGUAGCGAAAGCUAUGAUUCAUCGGACCGCGACUUUAGAAGAUCGUCGCGCCGUCAUGUUACUAGAUACACAGAUGGAUCCGAAAGUUAUGACUCAGAUGACAACCCAUCUAGGCACCGAACGAGAUCUAACUCUUAUAAAGACUAUGAUUCAAAUGAUGAUCGUCAGAAGCAGUCACGUUACGUCAAAAAUAAAUCUUCUCGUAGACGUAGAAGUUCAGACGAAGACAUUGACAAGAAACGUGAAAAACAAUCACACAGAAAACACCAUAAAGGGAAACGCUCCUCUAGACGUCACCGCAGUGGUAGCGAAAGCUAUGAUUCACAUGACCAUGAAUCUGGAAGAUCGUCCAGUAGUGAUAGUGCAAGUUCUGCUAGAUCCUUUGACUGCAGAAGCAGUGUCAAACGAUCUAAGGAUAAGACUGGUAGAUCAAGAGGCUCAGAACAACAGCGCAGCACAAGAACUGAGAAAAAAUCGCGACACGAAGUGAAAGAGUCGUUCAGACGUCAACAUCACCGCCCUAAAAGCGACAAUUACGAUUCAGCAGAUGACCGUGAUCCUAGAAAACGGUUCCAAAGGGGUGAUGGUAAACACUCUAGACGCGAAGACAAAUCUGUCAUUCUACUGGAAAUAGUCUUAAACAGUCUAAGAAUCAUAGAGAGUCUAAUAAAAAACAUGAUUCAGAUCCUGUCAAAUCAUCUAAAAGUGCACACAUCACACCAAAGAAUAAACACGAAACUGGUGAUUCAAAUGAUAAGCGUUCUGGAAGAUUUUCUAAAAAUGGAAAGACAGAUCCAGAGUCUACAACCCCAGGAAAGUCUAGUUCAGUUGAUCCAAAUUCUACUGAAUCUUCUACAAAAAAUCUAACAUCAACACAAAUCAAACUAUAAUGCUAAGAACGAAAAUUGUGAUUGGCGUGGUAAACAAUCUGUUAAAUUUUCUAGUAAAGAUACAGUUCAAGAGCGUAAGCCUAAAAAUUAAAUAGAAUCCAAGUCUGCUUCAUCACACAUCUCAAAAGUCUACGCAAACUCCAGUGAUAUGUCUGAAAUACGUACAGUUCAAGGCAAAAAUUCCAAAGAUAAUCUAGGUAGAUAGGAAAACUAGGAACCUGUAGAAAACACAAAAAAAUACUUUAAUGCUUUUGUACCGAACGUGUAGACCUAUUGUUUAAAAUUUUAGUAAAUAUUUGAGCUUUA